AUGUCAAUGGAUAAAUAUUGUAAAUAACCUAUUUUGAUGACUCCAUUAGAAGCUUUAUAAAGGGUUUAUGAAGUGGAUGGAUUAUAGAAGAAAAUAGAGAGUGUUUAAGAAUCAUAAACUUGGAGAGAUGUAUAUUAUUGGAGUAUGGAAUGUAAUAGAGUUAUCUAAAAUAAUUAAUCAGUUUUAAGAUAGUUGUAUUAAGAAUGUGUUUAAAUGAGAUAAUUAAACUAUUUCACAAAUAAGUUAUUUGCAUCUCCUUAAUCCUUUAAAGAAUUAUUUAAUAGAGCUGGAUUAAUAAAUGAUGUAAAUGCAGAGAGAAAUGUAUUGAUUGCAUUUGCAUUAAGUGUACCUCUUGUAUUAGAUGAAAUCAAUUAAGAUAGAUAGAUUUAAAUGAGUUAUCAAGAAUUUGUUGAAGCAUUAGCUCGAGUGGCUGAAAAAUAUGGAUAGAAUAAAGCAGUGAUUAGUUCAGAAUAAUUAGCAUUGAAAUUAUAACAUAUUAUAGGUUAAUUAUAAGAGUAUUAUCAAAUUGUAGAUGAAAAUAAAGUAUAAUCUAAUUAAAUCAUAAUAUUUAGAUAAUCAUUCCAUAGAUGAGACAAUCCAAAAAGUAAACCAAUUUCCUCUAAGAAAAUGUUACUAAAUUAUUAUAUGAGAUAGAUGGUUCACCUAUUAAUGCCCCAUAAAUCUAUGAAUAUGAUUUUGUAGAAUGA